UUUCUUUCAUUGUCUGCAGAGCAAAUGUCAACCGCGUGCCGAGAUUUGAACUGUCAGUGUCAGCUAACGAUUGAAAUUAGCACGAUAAUUUACAGUUUUAAGUCGGCAGAGUAAUAUUAAUAAUAUGGGGCUGUUAACAGUUCUCAAAAAGUUGAAGCAGAAGGAAAAGGAAGUUAGGAUACUGAUGCUGGGAUUGGACAAUGCGGGGAAAACUACGAUACUGAAAAGAAUAAACGGAGAACCAAUCGACACAAUUUCUCCCACAUUAGGUUUCAAUAUUAAAACACUGGAGCACCGAGGCUACAAACUGAACAUAUGGGACGUCGGAGGGCAAAAAUCCCUCCGUUCUUAUUGGCGUAAUUAUUUUGAAUGCACGGAUGGUUUGAUAUGGGUUGUGGACAGCGCUGAUAAGAGACGCUUAGAAGACUGCAAAGCUGAGCUGGUGAAACUUCUACAGGAAGAGAGACUGGAAGGUGCCAGUCUGCUGAUAUUCGCCAACAAACAGGAUCUUCCAGGAGCUCUUUCAGCACCUGAAAUUGCCGAAGUGCUAGAUUUGUCGUCAAUAAAAUCCCACCAUUGGCAGAUCUACAAAUGCUCAGCUGUCACAGCCGAAAAUUUGCUUGAAGGAAUAAACUGGAUAGUCGACGACAUCGCAGCUCGGAUAUUCUACCUUGAUUAAUACCACAAUGUCGUUAUAGCGUUAAGAUAUUGGUAUUUAUUGUGAAUAAAUUUUUUAUGUAUUCUGAUGAGAAAUUCACUGGCUGAAAUAAUUAGCAAAAAAGAACUACGAAAAUAUAGCGGAACUGAAAAAUUAUUCCGUUUGCAAUUUGUAAUAUUGUUACAAUACAUUAAUUGAUCUCUGAUUUGGAUUAUAACUAUAUCGAUUAAAAAUGGAUGAUAUGGUUCUACGAUUUUUUUGUUACCAGACAUACGGCCUCUUCGUGCUCGACCAUUUAUUAUUUGACGAUUGCAAUCUUUUUUAGAGGGCUGUGUGUUUGAACAUCACUGUUAUAAUUAUCUAUAAGUACGUUUUUUACAAAUUGUCUAGAAAACUGUAUAAAUUAGAGGUACGCAAUAUACGCAAGAUCGAUUUUUACGUUUAUAGGCUUAGUCUUAGUAUGGACUGACUAGGCAUAACACUUUGCUAGCUUUUAUAUUGUGCUUACACUGUGCCAAUUGUUCGUCCUGUUAAUUUGAUUUAAAUAAUAACACUUACAAUUUUUUACUGCAAAGAUUCUUUC